AUGAUCAGUUACCUUGCUAUAGAAGAAGAGUUUUGGAGGCAGAAAGCUGGUAUGGCAUGGUUUAAAGAUGGAGACAGAAACACAAAAUUCUUUCAUGCACAAGUGAAUGGUAGGAGGAAGAGACUGAAGAUUCAAAGAAUCCAAGACAGAAUGGGGAACUGGCUGGAGGAGAAUGAUCUCAUAGCAGAACAAGCAGUAAGCUUUUUUAAAGAACAGUUCACUGAGACAGUGGUGCCUACAGAUUUUGGAAUUCUGGAACAUGUUCCAUGUUUAGUUGAUGCUGGACAAAAUGAUAGACUUGUUAGCCUCCCUACAAAAGAUGAAGUGAAGAAUGCUGUUUUUGCAUUAAAUGGGGACUCUGCAGGGGGACCAGAUGGCUUUACAGGAGCAUUUUAUCACUCUUGCUGGGACAUAAUAGGAGAAGACAUAUAUCAGAUGACUUUAGCAUUGUUCUGUGGAAGACAGCUACCAAAGAGUGUCACUCACACAAAUCUGGUACUUUUACCUAAAGUGCAGGAGGUCAAGUCUUUCUCUGAUAUGAGGCCCAUCAGCUUGAGUAAUUUCAUCAAUAAAAUCUUCUCUCGAGUGAUUCAUGAAAGACUGGUGGUGUUACUGCCUACCUUGAUAUCUGAAGAACAAGCAGGAUUUGUUAAAGGAAGGAGUAUAACAGAGAAUGUUCUGUUAACACAGGAGAUAAUCACUGAUAUAAGACUAAGAACAAGAGCUGGUCCAAAUGUAGUUAUCAAACUUGACAUGACAAAGGCAUACGACAGACUGUCAUGGCUAUUUCUGACUAAAGUCUUGAGAAAGCUGGGAUUCUCAGAAAUGUUCAUAGGAAUGAUAUAUGAUAUUGUUGGAAACAACUGGUAUUCUAUACUAAUUAAUGGGCAGCCCUAUGGUUUUUUCAAAUCAUCUAGAGGUGUGAAGCAAGGAGAUCCCCUAUCUCCUACUCUGUUCAUUUUGGCAGCAGAAGCUCUCUCAAGAGGUCUAAAUGCCCUUCACUUGAACCUGUGCUUCUGUGGAUUUGGUCUACCUAAAUGGAGCCCAAAAAUAAACCAUCUUGCAUAUGCAGAUGACACAAUCAUCUUCUCUUCCUCAGAUGCUACUUCUUUAAGGUUGAUAAUGGAAGUAUUACAUGCCUAUGAGAAGGCUUCAGGACAGCUUGUGAACAAGGCAAAAUCUGCAGUAUAUAUGCACCAUCUGACUGAUUUAGAAGUUUCUGAAAAAGUGGAGUAUAUUACUGGUUUCAGAAGGCAGGAGUUUCCAUUCACAUAUUUGGGAUGCCCAAUAUUCUAUGCUCGCAGGAAAAUGGUUUAUUAUCAAGGUUUGAUAUCUAAGAUACUAGAUAAGUUACAGAAUUGGAAGGGUAGGCUUUUAUCUGUUGGUGGUAGAGCAAUAUUGAUAGCUAAUGUGUUACAGAGCAUGCCUAUACAUCUUCUGUCUGCUGUUAAUCCACCAAGUAAUGUGAUAAACAUCCUACACAAGAUCUUUGCUAGAUUCUUUUGGAGCAGUUCAGUGGGUGGAAAUCAUAGGCACUGGGCUUCAUGGAACACCUUAUGUAUGCCAUAUGAAGAAGGUGGGGUUGGAUUUAGAUCUCUUCAUGAUGUAUCCAAGGCACUAUUCUGUAAACUAUGGUGGAAUCUCAGAACAAAGCCUAGUUUAUGGAGUGCAUUUGUGAGUCAGAAAUACUGCAAGAAGCUUAAUGCUGUUAUAGUACCUUGGAGAGAAGGAUCCCAUAUAUGGAGGAAAAUGUUAGAAUGCAGGGAUAGCAUAGAACAUUUAAUAAUCUGGAGACCAAAAAUGGGCUCUGCCCUGUUUUGGUUUGAUAACUGGACUGGUUUAGGAGCCUUAUAUUUUGUAGUUCCACCAGAUUUUGGUAUUGAUGAGAGCAUCCAUAAUGUUUUUGAAGCUGUAGAAAAUGGUGCUUGGAAAGUGGAUAGACUAUUAGAGCUGCUGCCAGAAGACUUAGUAGGACACAUUGUGGAAAGNUAUUUUGUGGUUCCACCAGAGUUUGGUAUUGAUGAGAGCAUCCAUAAUGUUUUUGAAGCUGUUGAAAAUGGUGCCUGGAAAGUGGAUAGACUAUUAGAGCUGCUGCCAGAAGACCUAGUAGGACAUAUAGUGGAAAGAAUCACUCCUCCAUUGCAUCAAGAUGAGUUGGAUGUCCCAUUCUGGAUGAUUGAAACAAAAGGUCACUUUAGUGUGAAAUCUGCCUGGGAAUUUCUCAGAAGAAGAGAGGAUCCCAGACUGGCUUAUAGGAAAAUGUGGGUGAAAGGUUUGCCUUUUAAAAUUGCUUUCUUCAUGUGGAAAGUUUGGAAAGCCAAGUUACCACUGGAUGAUUUCAUGAGGAGACUAGGAUAUUCCAUGCCUUCAAAAUGCUGGUGCUGUGCUGAUCCUACAGAGGAAUCUUUGACACAUGUUUUCUAUUCAUCAAGGGCAGCUAUCACAGUCUGGAAAUAUUUUCUAAGUAGAGCAGGUAUCAAUAUAGAACAUCUCAAUCUACAUCAAGCAAUAACCAAAUGCUGGAAUGCCCAAGUGCUGCCUAGAAUGCAACCUAUAAUGCAAGCCUUACCAGCUAGCAUUGUUUGGGAACUGUGGAAAAGAAGAAACAGUUUGAAACAUGGGGAGAAUGUGUCAGUUAGCAGGGUGAUUUAUCAAGUGUCAACAACUCUCCAACAGCUUGUCCAACUGAGAAAGCCAGGAUUGACAGUCCCUCAUAAGUGGCAACAACUUCUGGAUAUGUUAGAAAAUUAUACUCCCAGAUUGAAAUAUGAAAAAGUUCUGUGGGAAUUACCUGAAGAGGGGUGGAUCAAAGUCAACACAGAUGGAGCAUCGAGAGGCAAUCCUGGGAGGAGCUCGAUUGGUUUUUGUGUAAGAAAUGAGCAGGGAGACAUUACCUAUGCUGCUGGAAGGGAGAUUGCAGAUGGCUCAAAUAAUGAAGCAGAAGCAAUAGCUAUAUUGGAGGCACUAAGGAUGUGCAUAGCACAGAAUCAUAACAAAAUCUGGUUGCAAACAGAUUCAAUGCUCAUGAAGAAUGUUAUCAAGGGAAACUGGAAGCCUCCAUGGUGCAUUGCUGAACAUGUGGAAGGAAUUAUGGAGCUAUUGAAGGGAGUAGAUUCAAGAGUUUCACACAUUUUCAGAGAAGGGAAUAAGCUGGCAGAUCAUUUAGCAAACUAUGCCCUUGAUGAGGGAGAAAUAGAAUGCUUUAGUUUUUGGGAUCUGGACUCACAGGGCAGAAGGAUAGUUAAUGAAGAUAAAUUGCAAUGUACAAUGCAAGUACUACUUCAUCCUGAUCUAAUGGAUUCCUUUUUGGUGGUAUUAAUGCUGUGCAUUCAUUCCAAUGGGAAGACAUUACAUCUGGAUAGUAGCACCAACUGCUGGAAGAUCCAUAUGAUUACAGAACAUGUGAGGAACCUGCAUAGAAGAUGUGAGAUACUACAGAAGGAAGGGGUAGAAAAAUGGACUGCUUUAGGCAGAGAUGGUGUUGGAUCAGCUCUAGACCCAUUUCAAGACACAAAAGGCAAAGAACAGAUGCCCAGAACACCUAAGAGAAUUGGGCAAAGGAGGAGAGGUCUUAUGAUAAUCAACUCAGAACAUGCCAUGGUGGGCUUCCUAUGGAAAUCAAUACUAUUGAGCUCAAGUAUGAGCAGAAGAUCCUCAACAGAGAUGCAAUGA